CCCUCGACAUCCUGCCCGACCCUCACCUCCUCACACCACCCCCCCCACCGAGCGCCAUCGAUGUCCUCCACGCGUCUCGGCGUGCCUCUGCGCUCGCCCGGUCGCGCACGUCUCGUCUCCGCCACGAGUGCCACUUCCUCGCAAACGGCGCCUUCCUCGCCUCUCGGCUCCGCCGCACCUGCUCCAUCUCGCGCCGGCAGCGGCGCCAGCGCGCCGCGCACGCUCCACGCCCUCGUGCGCGCACGCACGCCCGACGCCCUCUCUGCGCCCGCGGGCUCGCCGAGUAAGCGUAUCCUGGCGCCCUCGACGCGCGUCCAUGUGCUGCCCGACAAGCUAGGCCAGGCGCACAUCGAUGCGCUGCGCCAGCUCGUGGCGCACUUGGGCGCGCUCAAUGUUGUGCGUUCGUCACACACUGCCUCUGUUGCAGUCAGCCUCGACUACGCCACCGUCGUGCUGAGUGAGAUCCGCGCGCCCAAGCGUGCCGAACGGGCGCUGGGCGACGAAGCAGAGAGUCGAGGCGUGCCAGUGCUGCAUCACAGCUGGCUCACUGCCUGUCUAGAAGCAGGCAUCCAAGUGCCGCAUGAGGCAUAUCAGAUCUACCCUCGCCUCACCGCUCCUGCCGCGUCGGCGUCGGCGUCGGCUUCGGCGUCGGCGUCGGCGUUGAAGCGCGCAGCCAGCAACGAGCCUGCCUCUCCGCGACGACAUCCGGAGAAGAUUCUGCGUCUCGAAGAGUCGGGCACGGAAGAGGAGCAGGAGCAGGACGAGGCGUAUGCUGCGCUGCGAGGAGGCUACGCAAGUGCAGAGGAGGAGGAAGGAGGGUAUGGAAGUCAUGAGGAAGGCACGCUGCCCGUCAUGGUGCCUCGUGGCAUCGACAAGGGCAAAGGCAGAGCCCUCGACGUCGACGCCUCUCCUUCUCGUCGAGCCUCGGCCUCGCCGACUCCGCCUCCCCACGUCGUCGCGUACGAAGGCGCCGUGCCGGCAUGGCAGAACAGCGCAAACGCCUGUUUCCGACCGACGCCGAUCCGGAGCAUGUUCAACCAGCCACUCGUCGACGAACUCGAGGUCAUUCGUGUCUCGCGAGUCCUGUUCGAGAAGAACGGAGCGCGCGAUCAACACAAUAGUGCCGCCUAUGGUCGCGCAAUCUCGGCAAUCAAGGCAUAUCCACAUCCACUCGCCAAGGAUCCGAAGAAGGCAAAGGAGAUCGCAGGCGUAGGAGCCAAAAUCUACAAGGCGGUGCUGCAGUUCUACGAGCUGGGAUACGUCGCUGAAGCACGAGCCAUCCGUGGAGAUCAGAGUCACGCGAUCAUGAAGUCGUUUCUCGACUUCUAUGGCGUCGGACCAGCAGGAGCACGCAAGGCCUAUCAACAGGGCGCACGCUCGCUCCAGGAUCUUUGCUCGUUGGGCGGCAGCUAUUCGGAUCGCCUGGGCCGCGAAGAAUGCCUGCGCAUCCUGCCUGACUUGCUGCAUCGCAUUCCGCGCAGGGAGUGCGAGUUCAUCGCUGAGCUGAUUCACGACGAAUUCGAGAAGAUUCAUCCGGGCAUGAAGUAUACGAUUUGCGGCGGCUAUCGUCGCGGAAAGGCAACGAGUGGAGAUGUGGAUGUGGUGCUUGCUCCUGAUCCCGAAAAGGCGCCCGUGGGGGACCUCAAGAGCUUGAAGCAUCAGACGAGGCUGCUGCAUCAGGUGCUGGAGGCGCUGAAGAAGAAAGCCGUCAUGACGCACAUCGUCAGUGUGGCGCAGCCUUCGGAGUACUACGGCGAAGCGAUAGUGCCGCACUGCGACAUUGCAGAGAUUGUCGUCCUGCCUCCCUCUCUACCUGGCGCCGGGGCCGACGCCACGAAGCGUCCGCGCUAUCGACGCGUCGACAUCAUCCUCACGCGUGCAGAAGUGUAUGGCGCCACUGUGCUUGGCUGGACGGGAAGCAAGCAGUUUGAGAAGGACAUUCGACGCCAGGCUCGCCAGCAGGGCUACAAGUUCCACUCGACGGGCCUCGUGCGCCUCGAGCAGCCAGGCGUGACGCUGGACACGCCGCAGGAGCAAGACAUCUUCGAGCUGCUCGGCGUGCCGUACAUGCCGCCGCACCUGCGCAACUGCGAUGCGUAGCGCCUGCAUCGCCGAGCACUACGCCAGCAUCGCCUCGCCCACGCCCCUCAAGCUCAUGCGAUACCCACCCCCAAUG